AUGACCGUUGAUGAAGCCGGGCGCCGUUAUAACUAUGUCUGGCAUGACAUGCCGGAAGAGGUGCGAAGAGACCUUGAGAGACGCCGCAGUGGCGGGAAGAAUCUCGAGGAGAGAAAACAGAACAAACCUGACACUAACGGUUAUGCCGAGAAGGGGGCGAAUGUACCACCAGCGAGGAAUGAUCCUCCAGAGAAUGAAAUCAUCCCCAAAGUGAAUAAAGGGCAGCAAACGGCAGAGAAUGAGGCCCGUCCCAAAGUGAAUAAAGCGCAGCAAACGGCAGAGGAGGAGUACCCCACAGAAGAACAGGUGCCACAGAAGCAGGUGGAAGAAAAAGAGGAACAGCCCAAAGAGGAAGAGGUGCCACAGAGGCAAGCGGAGGAAGAAAAGGGUGAACAACCCGAAGGAGCGCAGGAGGCUCCACCCCAAGCGGGGAACUCAGAAGAUGUGGAGGUGCAGCAGCCACAAACUGUUGGCGGCGCGAAGAAUGCAAAGACAAAGCACACUAUCCGUUUUCGGGGAUCAAGGUGGGAGGGUGUACUAAAUAAUCGUCAGAGUGAACUGGAGACAGCCUUCAAGAAGGACGUAACUGAAGGGAGUGGUUUGCCUGAGAGGCGCAUUUCAGGGUUGAAGUUUGAAUUUAAUGACGUUCUUAUUGCCACCUUUACCGUCCGUCAUGAGAAUGACGAAGAAAUGAUGAAGGAAGUGCACGCAAAGCUCCAAUCUUACGGUUUUCCGAAUACAAUCGCAUUGUACAGGCCGGGGAACUCACAAAAUGUGUCGGUGCAGCAGCCACAAACUGUUGGCGGCGCGAAGAAUGCAAAGACAAAGCACACCGUUCACUUUCGCGGAUCAAAGUGGGAGAAUGUACUAAAGAAUCGUCAGAGUGAACUGGAGGCUGCCUUGAAGAAGGAUGUGACUGAAGGGAGUGGUUUGCCUGAAAGUCGCAUUUCAGGGGUGAAGUUUGAAUUUAAUGACCUUCUUAUUGCCACCUUUACCGUCCGUCACGAGAAUGACGAAGAUAUAAUGAAGCGAGUGCACGAAAAGCUCCAAUCUUACGGUUUUCCUAAUACGACCGCAUUGUACGACACGGGUGCGCCCGUAGGAGCGCAGGAGGCUCCACCCCAAGCGGGGGACUCACAACAUGUGGAGGUGCAGCAGCCACAAACUGUUGGCCCCGUGAGGAAUGCAAGGACAAAGCACACUAUCCGUUUUCGGGGACCAAGGUGGGAGGGUGUACUAAAUAAUCGUCAGAGUGAACUGGAGGCUGCCUUCAAGAAGGAUGUGACUGAAGGGAGUGGUUUGCCUGAGAGGCGCAUUUCAGGGCUGAAGUUUGUAUUUAAUGACCUUCUUAUUGCUACCUUUACCGUCCGUCACGAGAAUGAUGAAGAAAUGAUGAAGGAAGUGCACGUAAGACUCCAAGCUUUCAAUUUUCCUAAUACAAUCGCAUUGUACAAGAGGUAG